UUUCAUGUUUUCACCGUGGCAGGGGUAAAUAACCAGCGGAUAAGAACAACCGGAAUAAAACGCACCCGAAAGUGACACAUAAAAUCAAAACAAUUUUCAUCAAAAUUUCAGAACCAGCUUCAUCAAUCUGCAUCGGUGAGUGAUGGAUCGUCUCCGGCAACGGCAGCGUCAGGUCUUCUCCGGCUUCACUAAAUCGGAGGUCGAGAAAAUGGAGAAGUUGCUCAAGGAGUCUGGAGAAGAGGCUGCAGAUAUUGCGUUCUGUAAAAAACUGACAAGGAGUUUUAACUCCUCGACGGGUCGAGCUGGGAAACCUGCUUUGAAGUGGACUGAGGUACAAAGUUGGUUUCAGAAUCCCCAGGUUAGCUUGACUUCCAAAGAGGAUUCAGUUGAUGGGUCUGACAAGUCAAACCCAGACCCCGUGCCGUCGGACAAACCCGAUGGAAGUACUCCAACAUCUGAAGGAGAAAAAGACCCAAAUUCAUCGAAAUUGGAAUUCGAAGCAAAGUCUUCAAAAGAUGGCGCAUGGUAUGAUGUUGAUGAAUUCAAGAACUGCAGAAAUAAUAAUUCUGGCGAAAUGGAAGCCCUUGUAAGAUUUAUCGGCUUUGGAUCAGAUGAAGAUGAGUGGGUGAAUGUAAAAGAAUCUGUUCGUGAGCGCUCUCUCGGUUUAGAGCAUUCAGAGUGCCAUACCUUGAAAGUUGGUGACCUAGUGCUGUGUUUCCAGGAGAGAAAAGAUCUGGCAAAAUAUUAUGAUGCACAUAUAAUAGAUAUCAAAAGGAAGUUGCAUGAUAUAAGGGGGUGCAGGUGUAACUUUUUUGUCAGAUAUAACCACAAUAACGUUGAGGAGAAAGUUGAUUUGGUUAGAUUGUGCCGCAUACUUAAACCCCAGGCAAACUUAGCUGAGGAAGUACAUAGCUGAGGCACUUCUUGAGGAAUAAUACCCAAUGCUGGACCUGAUAGUUUAAAGUGUGAAGUACUAGACGGCUAGGAACCAGCAUAUAAACGUGAGUUGUUCUGGAUCUGGUACAAACUUGACAUGUAGUAGGAAUCAGUAUGUAAAAUAUAACAGCAGUACAGGUGUGUGUUUGAAUUGCCUUUCUAUCCUUCUCCAAACCAGCACAACGAAGGUUUUUCUUGAAAACUGGACGGUUUAUGGUUGGAUUAAAAUGUCUAAAUUCACUUUCUUUCUU